AAAUUUCUAAUAUCGUUGCCCACAAUUUUAACAAUUUAUUUGAUUACGCAUCUUAUGAGUCAGAUCUUGAUACUACAGAUAAAGAUUAUGAUUAUGAUAAAAAAAUAGAUACUGAUCAAGAAUCAGAUUCAGAAUCUAGUAAAACUGCUUUUUAUAAUAAAGUAUCUAAAGAAAAAAGAGUCUAUCUUAAAUAUCAAUUACCAUAUUUUGGUAAUGUUAAAAAAAGUAAAUUGAUGCUGCCUUCACCUUAUAGUAAUAUUGGCUGUAUACCUGCAAAUAUUUUACCUGUUAAAACAAUUAAUAAUGCAAAAUCUUUUAUUCAAGAGAUGAGAAAACAACAUGGUGAUUCUGAAUUUAAUAAAAUUACUAUUCGAAAACUAUUUAAGGAUGUAUAUGACGAAUGCACUUUGCUUAAGCAUGCAUUAAAUGAAAAUAUUAAUUAUGUAAAUGAGGAUCUUAAUGAAAAGCUAGCAAACCAUAUAUCAGACUACCAAAAAAUAAGAGAGAUCUAUGAAGAUGAUAAUUGCCUCACGAUUCUCAACAAUCUAGAAGAUG